AGCAGACAAGUACAAGAUGUAGCAUGUUUUAUUUUUUUAUCACACGCAUGCGCAUGCAAGCAGAAACAGACACAUACACGUAAGUUGACACAAACAAAUGCACACACAUCGAGAGCUCCUGUGCAGCAGCACAGAGCCGUAAUGGGCGCCAGGACGGGUGUAUGGGUCGUAUCUGUCGAGGCUUAAAUGGAUCUCUGCCGCGAGCUUAGGAGGGGUACCCGGAGCGAGGGAGAGCCGGGACGAGGAACAAGGGUGAACGUGCGGGUAGUUUGCUCUCCGACAGUCUUGACGGCGGACGCGUACGUGGCUGGUUGUGGUUGGGGAAUGACAAUCCGGUACACUCCGAUCCCAGGCUAAUGACCCGCAAGAUUUAAAAUGAAGUUAACGAGCAGACUACAUGUAGCAGCAUUUGUAUAUUCAUUGGUAAUCAUCGAUCUUAUAAAAUCUGUUGAAAACAAAGAAGAGAAAGAGACCCAAAACAGAUGGAACCACAAGAGCCUGUACGUGACGCCUGGAGCUUCAAGUUCCAAAUACGAGGCAGAGAACAACAACGGGGAAGAGGGCUGGACUUUAGACGAAGAAGCAGUUGCCCAGACGAUGGGAAGGACUUACAAG